UUUUCAUUGUUGCUGUUAUGUUCCGUAUACAAACAACAUAACUCAGCGGGGCGUGGUGGUACACGCCUGUAAUCCCAGCCCUGGGGGCCCAGGAGUUGAGGCCAGAGGAUCGCUGCAAGUUGGAGCCCAGCCUAGGAUACAUAGUGAGUUCAAGGCCGGCCUGAAUUACAUAAGGAGACGCCUACACCAAGCGGAGAGAAGCUGGAGCCCAGUCUAUGUUGCAGGUUGGAGACUCCCUGAUAACAUGACUUCCUACAGACAUUCAAGACACAACAUACAAACAUAGCGAAGGUAAUUUAAAAACUCAUAAUAAAAAAGUUUUCUUCGCCUUAGGGGAGGUCCAGGAUGCUAAAUGGACAUUCCACCGCUGGUGGCAUGCCUUUCCUAAGUAGAAGUGCUUGCGUUUUGUAGUAAAGUCCCACAAGAGUUGUUUCAACGGGGCCAUGUGGGACCCGGAGCCUCUGGGCCAUUUGCCUGCUGGCCCGCCCCCUGACUUCCGGCGUGGCUGUGAGCUCUAGACCCAAUCAGGAGGCCGGACUUCUUCAUUCCUGACGUUCUGAUUGGUGCAUUCUACUAGACCGCCUGGGCAAAUGGUACUUAAUGAGUUCAGAGCAGGUGUUUCCUCGUCAGAGCUGAGCUGGGGCGAGGUGAGAAAUUGACCCGUCGAGAAACGUGAUACAAACAUUGGGACAAACCUGCUCCUCCCCACGAAGGGCAGGACAAUGCUGCAAAUUAAAAACCCCUACUCCUUUGAUGCUCCAUCCUACUUCAUUAAUUUUGCAUCCCUGGAUUAUGAGGAAGAUACAGAAAAUAUAGACUCAUGGUUUGACGAGAAGGCCAAUAUGUUUCUUGAGGAAAAUAGGCCAAGAGAGCUUUUUCAGAGAGAAGCUUCCUUGACAAAACCAAAUCUUCAGCGAGCUAGCCUCACACCUUUACUCACACCUUUGCGACCAGUUGAGAACAUUUACCACAAAGAAGCAGAAAAUGUAAAUCUUACGGAACACUGUAACUCAUCUCAUCCUUCCUGCACCCUGAAAGUAGAGGGAGCCAAAUCAAGAGACACUGCAGCCCAGCCUCAGAGGAUAUCACUUAGACGCCCUGCUCAGAAGGAUCUGAAGAAGAAAGAAAAACACCAUGUUCCCAUGAAAGCAAAGAGAUGCGCCACUUCUGUAAUCAGUGACAUUCCGCCUUCCAAAAAAAUGAAAGUACACAAACUCAAAGCCCAAGAAGUACAUCCCAGAAUUGUUGAAAGUGGACCCAUCUUGCUGAAGAGACCACCUGUGAAACCACCCACUCAGCCUUUUGGCUUUAAUUUGGAAAUUGAGAAAAGAAUCCAGGAGCAGGAGUCAAAGAAGAAAUCAGAGGAUGAACACUUUGAAUUUCAUGCCAGACCUUGCCCUACUAAGAUCUCGGAAGGUGCUGUGGUAAGAAAAGCUGAGACUUUGCGUGCUGGCAGAAGCGCCCUGCCCAUGAGCGAGUGUCCAUCCAUCCGCAGAAGCUCUGCCGUAGUGCAGCAGGGUGUUCCUGAAAAGAAGGUCCUUCCACUGACCAUCCCCAAGUCUCCAGCCUUUGCAUGGAAGAACAGAAUCCGAGUGGCCACCAACGAUGAGGAAGAGGAUGAACGAGCAGUGAUAAGAGCUCAGUCUGUGCCACAUUAUGGGGUGCCUUUUAAGCCCCGUUUUCCAGAGGCAAGAACUGUAGAAAUUUGCCCUUUCUCCUUUGAUUCUCGGGACAAAGAACGCCAGUUACAGAAGGAGAAGAAAAUAAAAGAACUGCAGAAACAGGAGGUACCCACGUUUAAGGCACGUCCCUUACCUCAUUUUGAUAGCAUUAACCUGCCAGAGAAGAAGGUAAAGGACGUGACCCAGCCUGAGCCGUUUGACUUGGAGACGGACAGAAGAGGUGCCAAGAAGGCUGAGGCGUGGAAGCGCCAGCUGGAGGAAGAACUGAAACAGCAGAAAGAAGCAACUUACUUCAAGGCUCGUCCAAACACGGUCACCUCCCAGGAGCCCUUUGUUCCCAAGAAAGAGAAAAAAUCAGUUGCUGUUCAGGAACCUUUUGAGUUGGCCACUGAGAAGAGAGCCAAGGAGCGACAGGAGCUGGAGAAGAGAAGGGCUGAGGUGGAAGUCCAGAAAGCCCAGCAGCAGGAGGAGGCCAGGCAACAGGAAGAGGAACGGCAGAGGGAGGAGCUGGCCAGGCUACGGAAGGAGCUGGUGCACAAGGCAAAGCCAGUACGCAGAUACCGCUUUGUGGGGAUCAAGCCCAGUGACCAGCCUCUGACGGUGCCCUUCUCUCCUAAGUUCACUCGGUUCCACUGCUGAGCUCAGCCGUGAGCUGCCCUUACGUCACACCAGGCAUGGAGGGAGCGACCCAUGCCUAACAGCAAUCUGACAGCGGUGGGGUCAGUUCUGUGGAGAAGUGUUUUGCAUACAUUUAAGGGUAAAAUGAGACUCCACUAUCCAUGCCUGGAUGAGACUUCUUGUAGUUGGUUCCUUUAAUAUCUGUUGACCCUUAAUUAGGAUUUGUAGUCUCUGUCAGCACAGUGCAAUUUCUUGUACUCUUUAUCCCUUCCCUUUAUAUAUAUGCAUUUUUAAUCAGAAAAUAAAGAUAAUUAUAAAGAUAGUUAAAUCUCAAGGUAGGAUUUACCUCAUGGCUUAAAUGAGGAGCAGUCAGUGUAUCAGAAUCUUUCCUCUUCUGCACAAAAUGAGUUAAGAGCCUCGUGCCCCGAGGGAGGAGAACCUCAGUAACUGCUGGUGCGGAAGAGCGCACCCCUCGCAUGGACGGGCAGCAGCUGUUAGGCCCCUUCCCUCCCUGGGGCUGACAAAAGCAGGGAGUGGUGCUGAGUACAUUUUUAGACCUGGCCAGGAGUAAAUACAUGUUGUCUUCCUCUCCCUGAUUUUGUUAACUUAAUGUUUUAAAAUUUAAGCCCCCCACCCCUACCCCCACUUUGAGGACACAUCAUAUUGGGGAAAUGGGAGAUUUGAAAGGUGGUCUGGGCUCAUUCCGAAGCACAGGCUCUAUCCUUAAAGGGAAGUGCUUUGUGACUUUUUUCCAUCCAUAGCAGAAUAUCAGCCCAUGUUUUGCUAACUGGCUUCUAUUAACCAUCUAGUCAUGUAUGUUAUGCAUAUAGAUUGUGCCUUCUUUAAAUGAGCUUUUUCUUAUCUAAAUUCCU